CCUAUGUGGGGCCCCGGGGUUAUCCUCGGUGAGGGCCCCGGUGUGUAAGAUGGCGAUGGUCGGUUCGCUGCCCCGCGCUCUCUCGGACAGAGUGGCGGAGAGCAAACUGCUGGUGGUCGGCGCCGGCGGCAUCGGCUGUGAACUGCUGAAGAACCUGGUGCUCGGCGGCUUCAGGGACAUCGAGGUGAUUGACCUGGAUACCAUCGACGUCAGCAACCUCAACCGACAGUUUCUCUUCCAGAAAAAGCAUGUCGGAAAGUCGAAAGCUCAGGUGGCCAAGGAGAGUGUCCUGCAGUUUUGUCCUCAGGCAAAGAUUACAGCGUACCAUGACAGCAUCAUGAACCCAGAUUACAAUGUGGAAUUCUUCAGACGGUUUACGCUAGUCAUGAAUGCUCUAGACAAUCGGGCGGCUCGUAACCAUGUGAAUAGAAUGUGUUUGGCUGCCGACAUCCCCCUGAUAGAGAGCGGGACUGCCGGUUACCUUGGCCAAGUCACAGUCAUCCAAAAGGGAGUAACUGAAUGUUAUGAAUGUCAACCCAAACCCACGCAGAAAACCUUUCCAGGUUGCACAAUCCGCAACACUCCUUCAGAACCCAUCCACUGCAUUGUCUGGGCAAAGUAUCUUUUCAACCAGUUGUUCGGAGAGGAAGAUGCCGAUCAGGAAGUGUCACCGGACACAGCUGAUCCUGAGGCUGCCUGGGAAUUAUCCGACGCAGCAGCCAGAGCGGGAGCCUCCAAUGAAGAUGGCGGCAUCAAACGCAUUUCUACCAAAGAUUGGGCCAGAUCAACAGGCUAUGACCCCGUCAAGAUAUUCAACAAGCUUUUCAGAGACGACAUUAAAUACUUGCUGACAAUGGACAAGCUGUGGCGCAAGAGGAAAGCCCCAGUGCCCUUGGACUGGGCUGUAGUGGAAACGAUGGGAAGCAGUGGCUUGCAGCAGCCAGUGAGUUCCCCAGCUCGCCUGAAGGAUCAGCGGGUCUUGGACGUGAAGAGCUGCACCCAGCUGUUUGCUCAAAGUGUGGUUCACCUGAAAGCUCGUCUGACGGAGAAGGGGGACGGAGGGGAGCUGGUCUGGGACAAGGACGACCCACCGGCCAUGGACUUUGUGACAUCUGCCGCCAACCUCCGCAUGUACAUCUUCAGCAUGAACAUGAAGAGCAAGUUUGAUGUAAAAUCAAUGGCAGGAAACAUCAUCCCAGCAAUAGCUACCACAAAUGCAGUGAUCGCUGGACUCAUUGUGCUGGAGGGGCUGAAGAUUCUGUCGGGAAAUAUGGAACAAUGCAGGACAAUCUUUCUAAACAAGCAGCCCAACCCUCGCAAGAAGCUGCUGGUGCCAUGUGCCCUGGAUCCUCCCAACCCCGACUGCUACGUCUGCUCCUCAAAACCCGAAGUCACCGUCAAACUCAACACCCAGAAGCUAUCCAUCCUUACUCUGCAGGAUAGGAUUUUGAAGGAGAAGUUUGGGAUGGUCGCUCCUGAUGUUCAGAUUGAAGAUGGCAAGGGAACCAUCCUUAUCUCGUCUGAAGAGGGAGAAACAGAAGCUAACAAUAACAAGAUGCUGUCAGAAUUUGGAAUUCGAAAUGGAAGCCGACUGCAAGUCGAUGAUUUCUUACAAGAUUAUACGCUGAUUGUGACCCUCCUACACAGUGAAGACCUUGAGAGGGAUGUGGAGUUCGAGGUUGUGGGAGAUGCCCCUGACAAAGCACCUCAGAAAACCAGUGAAGCAGACGGAAAAGCCAUAACCAAUGGCAGCGAUGACGGAGCCCAGCCAUCCACAUCGAGAGCCUCGGAGCAGGACGACGUGCUGAUCGUGGACUCUGAUGAAGAGGUACCGUCGUCCAGCGGGGCUGAGGUCGGGGCCGAAAUCCGGAGCCUGAAGAGGAAGCUGGAGGAGGAGGGGAGCAGCAUGAGCACGAAGAGGGUGUGCAGCGAGCAGAGCACAGAAGAAGAGGACGAUAUCAUUGCGCUGGAUUAAGCGGCCUGGCUCAUUGACCCGGUGCCACACCUUGUCAUCAGCCGCACCAUAGCAGGGGAGGAGGGAGGGGGAACAUGGCUAAAUAUAGAGUAACUGUUCCACAGCAAGGUGAAGCCAUGACGAGCAUUCCACCAGUCUGGACGUGAUUAGCCACUGGGACAUCAAAUGUCAGUGGCCGGCAGCUAUUGGAUUUGGUAGUUGAUUCCUAAUUUGUUGUGGGGUGAGGGUGGCGAGAGUGCCGCUUCUAUCUCCUCUCCCACUCUGAUGCCAUUUGGUACAAAAACAGUUUAUGAAGAAUCCUGUGUUCUCUCUUUUUUUUAAAACAAAAUCUUGCUUCUGUUGUAGGAUGGAGAUGGAGACAGCAGCGCCAUUUUGUAAACUGCUGUAAUCACUUCUUAUUUCUUUUCAGUUUGUAUUUCCUGGUAAAGAAGUCCUUGCCAAACACAGUGGUCGGGGGUGGGGAGGGCUUGUUCGUGAAUUGUUACAGUUUCUAGUUAUUUAUAUGUGACUUUUGUAUAAUGCAGAAAUCUUAACUUUUUUGUUAGUACUUUAUAUUCCCACCCCUCCCCUCCACCUCCAUCGUGGAAGGUCAUGGGUCUCCUCUCCCCCCACCCUUCGAAAGAGUUCAAGUUGUGCACUGCGGACCUGGAGGUAGUAGAGGUGGGAUCAGGUGGUGAGUUAUCAUGGGCGAUGUGUUGCAGUUUGGGAGGAAGAAUACUUUGGAUAUGAAGGAUUCUGUACCCGUUACUGACCAAAUGGCAGUGUCUGAGGGAUCGCUGCCCGUGUAGCUGAAGGUAUUUUUGUAGUAAAUUGAAAUUGUUGCCUGGGUACAGUUUUCUUUUGUACCUGAAUCAACUUGUAAAAGUCCAGAGAAGCUUUGUUACCAACAUGUUUUUCAUGAUUAAAAUAUUCACUGUGUUA